AUGAGCAUCGCCAAAGGCCCAGCCACAAACGUCCACCCCGCCAAGGGCGGCGACCCUGCUGCCGCACCCGCGCCAAGCUCGUCCAUCCGGCAGGAGGUCUCGCUCGACGCCAUCGCCGGGCAGGCGAACCGACUAGCGCAAGAAUCCCUGAGCUUUUUGCUGAAACACGGCCCUGACACAGCGUACGGCGGCUUCCACGCGACGCUCAACCGCGGCGGCGUGGUGGUGGCCCCUUAUGACAAGGGCAUUGUGCAGCAGGCGCGCCACUGCUGGGCGAUGUCCCACGCGGUCGCGUCGCGCGCGGUGCAGGGCGAGCAGGCGAAGCGCGCCGAGGCAGCGGCUCGGUCGACUUGGGCGUUCAUGAACAAGGCAAUGCGGCGGCCCGACGGCUUGUGGGCGUGGCUGGUGACGCGCAGCGGCUCCAGGGUGGUGGACCCAGGGCCCAGCCUGUACGGCCACUUUUUCGUCAUCUAUGCUGCAGUGGAGUUCAGCAAGGCGUUCGGCGAUGCCGCGGCCCUCAAAACUGCCCUGGCCACAUUCCGCGCCGUCGACUCCGCCUUCCACGACAGCACACACGGCGGUUACAACGAGACCAGCAGCUUCCCGGUCCUGCACUCCGUGCGGCUGCCAGAGUCCAUAGCGGCGCUAUACAACGCCACUGGGGAUGAGGCUGUGCUGGUGCGCCUGCAGGAGUUGACACAGCUGGUGACGUCGCGGCUCAUCACCAAGCACAACGCCAUAUACGAGUUCUAUGAUCCGGCCACCUGGACACCUGUUGGCCCCCCUUCCAUCAACUUUGGCCACAACCUGGAGAGCGCCUGGGUGGUGGCCGAGGCAAACCGCGUGAUGGUGAAUAAGGGCAAGCUCAGUGCAACAGCUGCCGGCGCAGCGGCGGCCAAGCUGGCUGCCCUGAGGGCCGCGGCGCUGAGGGACGGCUACGACCAGGAGCAUGGCGGCGUAUUCGAGGCCGGCGUUCCGGGGCAAGCAUCUGGCACAGGAGAAGGCGCUUCGACCAAGAAGGUGUGGUGGAUCCAGGCUGAGUCGAUGCUGGCGUUGCUGCAAGCAGACCUCAAGUCGGAGGACCCAACCCUGCUGAAGCAGCUGAACGGCACACUGGAGUUUGUGCGUACACACAUAUACGACCCUGUGGACGGAGAGUGGGUGUGGCAGACUGACGCCGCUGGCAGCGUGAUCGAACCCUACUACUACCAGAAAGGCAACAUCUGGAAGGCGUCGUACCACAGCCUAAGGUCCAUGCUGUUCAUGCAGCAGUGGAUCAAGGAGCGCGCCGGCGCAUGA